GGAAAGAAAGUGCAAAGAAGGUGUUUCCCCCUACUGACUCGUCUUCGCCGUACCUCUCUCCUGUAGUGCUUCCUCCUUGUAAUCCCCAAGUGAAGAUGAGUAGCCUGCUGUGAAUAUGACAUCCCUGACUAGUGUCAUUGCCUCCCACCAGUCUGAGUGGGUGUCCUUCACUGAUGAGCUCCUUCUCCCUGUUAACCCUCAAGGUAGCACUAAAGAGCCUCUGGAGAAAUGCUUUUCAUUCUCGGACACUUCCUCAGAAGAGUACCCCAAUGCCGAUGGAGAAUUUCCAGACCUCUCCCACACAGAGCUGAAAGAUGCAGCUGACCAAUCCAAGGUGGAGUCUGCUGUGCUUGGGAACCAUGUGUGUCCCAGCACUGAUCUGUUGUCAUCCAUCAGUGCAUGGGUUCAGUUUGAAGAUGCGUCAUGGAGCAGUGCUCCAGCGACGCAGUCACAAGCAGUGUCUCCAUCAAAAGCACCCAGCUGGGCUUCCCCCUCCUCCAAUUCUUCUGAGAGGCAAGCCUAUACCUCAGAGAGCAGCUGGACAACUAAUUCAGAGGACACCAGUAGCCCCAGCAUUGCUCCCUCCUACACAGAUCUGCAGUCAGUUAAUACUGAGGAUUUGACCAGUGGUGGGACAUCUGCAGCAGAUUCAGCUGACAAUUCCUCAUCUCUCCAGGAAGAUGAAGAGAUAGAUAUGGAGGCUGUCAACUGGCAGCUAAACAACACUUCCACGAAUGGGCAUUCAUCUACCCAAAAUACAGUUCGCUUUCCCAGCUGGGUGACUUUUGAUGACAAUGAAGUCAGUUUUUCACCACAGAACUUUUCUCCCUUGAAAACAGACACCCCACCUGCAGAAACACAGACUCCAGAUGCUAACUUUAACCUCACUACAUCUUUUAAGAAAAGAGAACGUCCGAAAAGCACAUUGGGAGAUCUCUCCAAAAUUCAAAAACUAGACCUUUCCUCCUUAACCAAGUUGCCUUCUGUUGAAACACCACCAUGGAGUGCUACUAAUCCCUUCCUGGAUGAAUCUCUGCGAGAUGUCCAACCCUCACCCAUCAAUCCAUUCAGUUCAUUCUUUGAGGAGCGAGACAGACGUUCCAAAGGUUCCUCUGUCUCCAGCGCUCCAGGCAAAAGCCAAAGAGACUCUCUCAUUGUUCUUCAUCAAGAGCCUGAUACCAUCAGUUUCCAUGAAGCAAACAAAAGCGUAACCCACACAGAUGCUGUAGAGCAGCUCAAGCAACUUCAGAUUGGAGACCCAGAUCGUGUGAGCAGCCCCACUUUGCCUGAUGAUGAUCCCUCAAUGCCGUAUGAUCUGGAUGCAAGCCUGUUUAACCUGGCAUCAGCUAAGCCAAAGGAUGGAUGGCCAAUGAUGCUCAGGAUCCCAGAGAAGAAGAAUAUUAUGUCAUCCAGGCACUGGGGACCAAUAUAUGUGAAGCUGACUGACAGUGGCUGUAUACAGCUUUUUUAUGAGAAAGGACUGGAGAAGCCUUUUCGGGAAUUCAAACUUGAAAUCAAUCAUGAGAUUUCGGAGCGCAAACUCCAGAACUACGAUGAGAACGGAAGGAUACACAGUGUGCGCUUGGACCGCACGACCUACAAGGAGAAAAAGAAGUAUCAGCCUAAACCGGCCAUUGCUCACACAGCAGAGAGAGAGCAAAUUAUCAAGCUGGGGACUACAGAUUAUGAAGACUUCCUUAGCUUCAUCAAUGCUGUGCAAGACACGCUGAUGAACCUGCCGGCCUCAUCAACAGAUCUGAGCACAGUGGGAUUAAACUAUCAAGAGGAAGAAAUCACGGUUGAUGUCAGGGAUGAGUUUCACGGCAUCUUGGCCAAAGGAGACAAUGCGAUUCUCCAGCACAGUGUGCUGACCCAUAUCUAUGUUCUCAGCUUCCUUUCUGGCCUUGCAGAAUGCAGACUGGGCCUUAAUGAUAUCCUGAUCAAAGGGAAUGAAAUAGUUGCAAGGCAGGAUAUUAUGCCCACUACUACCACUAAGUGGAUUAAAUUAUACAGCUGUCAGUUCCAUUCGUGUGUGGAUGAGGAUAUGUUUAAUAACUCCCAUAUUAUCCUGUUCAACCCCUUGGAUGCCUGUCGGUUUGAACUGAUGCGAUUCAGAACUGUCUUUGCUGAGAAAAGUUUACCUUUUACUCUGAGGACAGCUGCUAGCAUCAAUGGUGCUGAAGUGGAGGUGCAGAGCUGGCUGAUGAUGUCCACCGGGUUCUCUUCCAACCGUGACCCUUUAACUCAGGUCCCUUGUGAAAAUGUAAUGAUCCGCUACCCAGUGCCAAGCGAGUGGGUGAAGAACUUCCGCAGGGAGAGUGUCCUGGGGGAGAAAUCUUUGAAAGCCAAGGUGAACAAGGGGGCCACUUUUGGAUCAACCAGUCUGUCUGGUUCUGAGCCAGUAAUGAGAGUAACCUUGGGAACUGCCAAAUACGAGCAUGCCUUUAAUUCCAUUGUAUGGAGGAUAAACCGACUGCCUGACAAAAACUCAGCUUCUGGCCAUCCUCACUGCUUCUUCUGUCACCUAGAGCUUGGCUCUGACCGGGAAGUGCCUUCCAGUUUUGUCCGCUAUGUGGAUGUGGAAUUUGACAUGCCCACCACGUCUGCCUCCAAAGCCACUGUUCGGUCCAUCUCCGUUGAGGACAAGACCGAUGUGAGGAAAUGGGUCAACUAUUCAGCACACUACAGUUACAAGGUUGAAAUAGAGCAGAAAAAAAGCUUGAAUGAGGAUCUGAAGGGAGAAGAUAAUGUGAAUGAAUGUGCCACACAAUGAAAGAAGAUCAGCCUGCAAGUUCCAAGAGGGAUGGUCACAUUACAGACCUGGAAGAAAGGACUUGCCUGGUUUUGGUAUUUUUCUUUUUAAAAGUAUGGACUUCUAAAAUAAUGCUCUGAAGAGUAUUAUUUUUCCUUGUGAUGAUCUGUACUUUGAGAAGAAGCUCAUCAGUGGUUUCUUUGGAGUGGAUCUGUGGGCUUUUACUGGAACAAUCUCAGCAGAGUUGGGGUAUAGACAGAAUAAAUUGCAUUACAGUCAGGCCUGCCUUUUCUGCCUCUUCACCAUUUAGGUUUUGCACUGAAGUAUGGUCUGGCCACUGUCACAGCCAAACCAGAAAGCAGCCUUUAUCUUACUUACAAUCCUGCCCUCCUACGUGAAGCUUUUUGGUUGUUUUUUUUUAAUGCCUGUUUGCUUGGUGAUUGGCAGAUUCAUCUCCUUCUGAACUGCCAAAUAAACCCAGGGAGCAUUGAGCAAAAAAACUAUAUAAAAUCUCAUUUGUGAAAUGGUCAACAAAGUGAAAACCCUGAGCAUCAUUCUGGAGAAUCAAAAAACUCUGCAUCUUAAACACAGAUGAACUAUGGACAGGACAGCUUAUCAUAUAGUUGUUUUUCUGUUCACCCCUUCCUGCCUCACCCCUUGAAAACCAGCAUGUCAUUGUGCACAUUUUCGUGGAGUCUUCACAAGUUACAAGAAUGCCUUUGCAAUUUCUUAAAAUUUUUGUUAGUCUGGGUUGCUCUGUAUCUUGACUGAAUGUGAUUAUGGCUGAUAGUCACAGGGAAUGUGAGUUAUAGUAAAGGUGAUACACGAGGGACUUUGCUAAGAUUAGCUCAUUCCUGCCUAGAAAAAUGUUUAAGGGAAAAACAUUGGGGUUUAGGCUUCGGGUUUUUUUGUAUGUUUUCUUGGAUGGGUAAAGUGGGUGACUAUUGAAAAGGUCAAAACACAAUUUCUUUAACAGACAAUGUUGUUUGCCUUCCUGAAAAUUCUUGGAAGUCUGUCCAGCACAAUAUUACUUUCAUGUCCUACCUGCAACCUACAAUAUAAGUAACCUGUGUCUUUAUAAAACUCCCACUAAAUGGGACCCAAGUUCUCUUUUCAAAAGUUAAACAACAAGCCUCCAUCAUGGAGAUUUUUUUAUUUCUACUUAGCUGAAAGUAACAGCAAGUCUUAACACUUCUUUCUAAACAAAAAUGCAGAAAGCAAAAAGCACUCAUUCAUAAAUAUCUUCAGAGAAAACAGUGUUCAAAGUACUCAGUUUUUAUAGUUGUUUCCAUGGCUUGUAAAAUAUUUUGUCUUGAGUCUAAAUGUUAAAAACCCAAUAAUUUAUUAAAUCAUUUAUCUUUUGAAAGGUUACUGCUGACUUUAAAAACACACACUUGGAAAGCCUUGGGAAUGUAAUUCAACACAAUAUUGAAUUAAAAUGACAGCAUUUUUAUACAUUUAUUUUAUUUCUUAUAACAUAAAAUUAAUACACUCAAUUUACUACUUUCACUCUGACUACUAUAAAGAUCACUACGAUAUUAAAAUCCCAAAUAAAACAUGAGAUUAAUUCCAUUGAGUCUAAAACUUGUAAUGGUAAAAUACAACAAAUUCUAGAGAAGUUCUAAAUGCCUGUUUAUAUGCACCUCAAUUUCAUGCCUACAUCAACCUAGUGAUAAAUAUUUACACAGGUAUACUGCUGUAAAUGCAAAAAUCUCAGUCCUUCUAGGACUUCUUAAUAAGCAUGUAAUACUCUGUUGAAAGUUGUCCUACUGAAGCCUAAGGGCCUCCUUGGACAAGCACACCAGUUAGUACUAAGCAUUUACAAUCUCUCUCUGUAAAUGGAAGAAUGUUACUAACUUUUACAAAGUAUUUUGAGAUCAGUGGAUUAAAAUUAUUGUUAAAGUGCAAAGUAUUACUAUUUAUUAAAUGAUAACCUGCGUAGGUUGUGAAAUACCUGAGAGCACAGGGCUGAAUUCAUAAAUGAUUCUCAGCUCUGUUGCAGGCUGGCUGUGGUGAGUUGCAUGGCAACCCUUCUCUACAAACCCCACUCUUCUUUUCAGAGGCACUCAAAGAACUUCUGAGUGUUUCUCCUGUUUUUUCCAGCUUCUAGUGUACAGUUUAUGAAAAGGACCAGGAAGAAAUCCAACAAAGCCAAGCUGAAGAGGUGCUGAGAUGUUGCUGAGGAAGUGCACGAAUGUUUUGUGAAAGAAACAGUUGGGAGAUACCCUGCUUUGAUUCAGCAGGUUCAGUGUCUGAAUUUUUGC